AUGUCAAGUCUGCAGGGAACCAUGCGCCGCCUGGAGCGGUUGCAUGUCGCUUGUGGAGGCACCAAGAGUGCCGGAUCGCAUUUAACAACAUCUAUGAAGAAUAAUGAUAAUGAUAAUAAUAAAGAAGAAGAAGUAGACACGAGUCAAAUGACAGCUUAUGAGAAGGGACAAUAUCGUAUUGCCUGCUUUAUGAAACGGGUGAGGGAAAAUGUCUCUCAUAUAGAAACAACAGGAGAUUCCAUGAAUAUAACACAACGAACAGAGAUUUCAAAUUCUAUUCGACGGGAUAUUAGUAACAUGAAGAAGGAAGCUGUAAUAUUAAAUCGUAUUGCAGUAAAGGAAGGACGACGUGAAGAUUAUAAUCAAUUAAUGAUUCAUGUGAAUAAAACAGAACAACUUCAACGUGCACGUUUUGGGGCUCCAUUAGUAGAUGAUGCGAUUGGUAUAGGGAGUAGUAGUAGUGGUGGUGGAUUUACUGUUUCAGGUGCCACUGCAUUUACCUAUAAUAACCACACAUCUCAUGAAUCUAGUGUACCUCUUUUAUCAGCUCGUGAAGAUGAUGAGUUUGCACUUUUCUUUGAGCAAACUAAAAUGCGGGAUAAAGAUAUUGAUGAAUCACUGGAUCGUAUUGGGGCAGGUUUAGAACGAUUAAACGAGAAUGCCUUGUUACUAAACUCUGAACUUUCAACACAACAGAGACUUCUGGAUGAUACAGAGACAAAAGUAGAUAAUGUGCAUGGUAAAUUGGUAUCUAUGAAUGCCCGUCUACGAAAAACACUAAAGGAAAUGGAUAAAGAUAAGGUUGCUAUUUAUAUCUUUUGCUGUCUUCUUCUUUUGGGAAUUAUGGGAGGUAUUUACUUCGUCGCUUCCUAA